AUUUGUAUUAUUAUUGACCAUAACAUUACAUUUAUCUUAGUAAUACCGAAUGUAAUUCUUAAGAAUUGUAUUACGUCAUAAUAUCGUUGUAUCUGCAUGCAUUUGUCAAAUGAUAUCUUUGAUAACAUCAUGCUUGUAUGAUAUACUUCAGACUCCUGACAGAUAAGGGCUAUGGAACUCCAUCUCGUUCAGAUAAAAUAUCCGGCACUUAAACCUGACACAUAGCUUACUAACGCCAGUCGUCACUGAUACUUUGGGGAUUCGGCUCAAUACGUAUUCUAUGGAAAUAUUAAAAUGAAAUUCCUUUGGCUCCUGUGUGUUUUAUGUGCGGCAAAUUAUGCUGACAGUGCGAACUUCCGUGUUGACCCUCUCGUUCUUAUCGAGCAAGGUCUAGUUCGGGGACGGAAGUCAGAAGACAACGUUUACUCGGCGUUCCUUGGUAUACCAUAUGCUAAGGUGGAUUCCAGUAAUCCCUUCGGGGCGGCUGUAUCACCCGCGGCUUUCGAAGAAGAAAUAUUCGACGCCGACGACGCCACCGUCAAAUGUCCCCAAUCGUCGUUUUCUGCGAGAGGUUCUAAGCGUGAAAUCGGUCAACUCGACUGCCUCUACCUGAACAUCUACGUACCUAUAGCUGCGGGCAUGUUUAACCCAUUACCUGUCCUUGUAUGGAUACACGGAGGCCAGUACACUUCCGGUAGUGGUGGAGAAUACGACGCACAUGACUUAGUUAAGCAGGGAAUUAUUGUGGUCACAAUAAACUAUCGUCUCGGGCCGUAUGGAUUCAUGUGUCUCGACGACCCUUCCAUUACUGGUAACCAAGGCCUCAAAGACCAAUACACGGCGUUGCGCUGGAUCAGACGUAACAUCGGAGCGUUCGGAGGUAACCCUUAUAACGUUACUAUCGGUGGUCAAAAUUCUGGAGCUACAUCAGUUUUAUUACAUUUAUAUUCGGACAACGAGAAGCUCUUUAAUAAGGCUAUCGUAGAGAGUGGUACGCCACAAAGUGAGGGAAUGUUCGUAAAUGGCGAUUUGGAUGCAGCUUUAAAACUGGCAGCUCAUCUUGGACUUAAUACUUCUAGCAAUGCAGAAGCGCUGACGUUCCUCACUAGCUCUUCGCCUCACAUAGUAACAGCCGCCGCGACCGAUAUUAAUUUAAAAUUAGGUCCGUGCAAAGAAAAAUCUUUCAGCAGCAUAGAGAAUUUUGUCGAAACCGAUCCUUUUACUCUUACCAAUGAAAGGAAAAUCAGAAAUACUCCUGUACUAAUCGGUCACACCAGCAAAGAGAAGAAAGGUUCAGUUGAGAUGCGCGGUAGUGAAUACUUCAAAACAGAUCCUUUUUACGAAAAACUUCAAGACAAUUUUAAUCUCAACGAAGAACAACUCGCCCAAGCAGCAGGUAUUGUAAGACGCUUUUACAUCGGCGACAAACCAAUAUCGCCAGACGUGACUGCGGAAUUAGAAGACUUUGAGUCAGAUUUCAUACAUAAUCAUCCGACGCAACGUACGAUUACGAACCUGUUGAAUGAGAACGCUAAUCCGGUAUAUAAUUAUGAAUUCAGCUACGGAUCCAACGGCGACGCUGCACAUUCAGCAGAAAUCGCGUAUCUUUUCCCGGAUUCAAACGGAAAUGACGAAGCAAAAGAAGAUCGAUUGAUUAGUCACCGUAUUACCACCCUGUGGGCAAACUUCGUCAAAUACGGAAACCCCACACCACAGACGUCGGAUCUGAUACCAGUGACUUGGGAGCCGGUGUCAGAAGAGACGAGGCCGUACCUUGUCAUUGACACGGACCUCAGACUGGAGCAUAGGAUCCUCAACAGCCGGAUGGCCUUUUGGGACUUGUUCUACUCCAUCUACGGCAAGCUCAAUAAACUUGCCCGUGAAUGUGAUAUUUAGACUCUCAAUGUUCGUGCCAUAAAGUUAUGCGGUAGCAAUAUCAAUAAAUUAUGAACUAUUUUGGUUUUAUUUAGAAUAAUACGAUGUAUUUCUCAAAGUCAAA